GUACUUCCAUUUCAAAAUGGCGACCUUCAUGAAACUCUGGCGCAUGCCGGUUAUUCGGCGAUUCCCUUUAAGAUUAUCUGCAAUAAACUCAAGUAGAAGAGGAAAUGAUUUUUCACUUAAAUCUAACCUACAUAUUGAUUGCAAUUUUGCAAGAUAUGCUUCGACAUCUCAAAAGACAGCCGAUUUAAGAAGGCAACAGCGUAAUACGAGUGUACCAGAAACUAUAGAUCAAAAACUGUACGCUCUUGACAAUCAAGUUAGACGCUGGGGCAGAUUAGACAUAGAAAAUAUAACUGAUAUCAUGGAAAAAAUAAUGAAAGAAGGUAAGGUCUCUGAACAACAGAGCUUGAUACUUCUCCGAGGUUGUGGUAAUCAUCUUGUUAAAGUCACCCCAGAGAAAAGAAUGAAACUUUUUCAUGAAAUAUGGGAACAAUUUGCUAAACUUGGAUUAAAACCUUCAACGAAUCACCAUAAUGCCUUACUUAGGGUUAAACUCGAAAACGGUGAAAUUUGUUCACCCACUGAAUUCUUACAAGAAAUCGCAAAAGCUGAUUUAAAACCAAAUAAAAUGACAUACCAAUUAUUAAUUCAUGUUUAUUGCAAAGAAGGAAAUUUAGAGGGAGCAAGUACAAUUUUGGAGCAAAUGAAAGCCGAACAAAUGUCUCUGAAUGAAACUAUCUUCAACAGCUUCAUAAUGGGUCAUAUGAAAGCAAACGAUGAAGCUGGAGCAUUAGCUGUUAUAGAAAAAAUGAAAGAAGCAAAAAUAAAGCCAUCUGCUGAUACAUUUAAGAACAUGUUACUGUGCUAUGCUGAACAUGGUAAUAUGGAAUCUAUUAGACAAUUGUUGGUAAAUAUCGAAAAAGAAGAUGUUAUUCUACUUCCUCGACAUAUUUGUGAAGCCAGCUUUGUUUUAGUUUCGCAUGGUCAUAGCGAAUAUAUGAUGGAGAUGAUGGAUUGUUUGCCAAAAAAUUUUGGAAGUAAUCACGACAUUAUCAAUACUGUAUUUAGAUUAAUCUCCAGCGGGUUCGACGAGGAAGCUUUCAAACUACAUGAACGUUUGCAACGACCGGAGCUAGGGAAUAAUGACAAUGCUGUGGGAAGUAUUAAUCUCUUGCGAGCGAUGGUUAUUAGUGAAAGACCUGUUAAGAAAGUUAUGAAAUUUUUCAAUCAAUUAAAAGAAAGCAACACUAUAGAUAAAAGCUUUCAUCUUUUAGGCUUUUGGGCAAUGAAGUUUUGUAGUGCAGAUUACGCUAAAGCUCUUAUUGAUGAAAUAAAGAGUGCAGCUGAGAGAGGAGUAAGUUUUAUAUCUACGAACGGAAUAUGUAUUUAUAGACUUUGCGACAUUAUUAGUUCAUCAUCACUGAACAGUUUUGAAGGAUUUAAAACUAUAUAUAGUCAUGGUGUAAAAAGUCUAAAGCGUCUUAAUAUGAAUAUUGAUGUUAUCAAUGAAAAUUUAAAGAAAUUCGGCGUCGAUCCUAAAAUAGCUGACGGAUGCAGUCUUCUAACAUAUUUGAGUAAUGGAAAUAUUGAUAAAGUUAUCGAAAUCAUAAAAUCAGGACAAUUCGUCACCAACAUACAAUGGUUGAAAAGCAAUUUUUCUGUUGGGUAUAGAAAUCAAAAUCUUGAACUUGAGAAAAUUAUUGAAAUGUUACAAGAAAUAACAAAAAAGGAUGGAAACUGGGGAGAAUUUUCUGCAGAUGUACUAAAUACAUUGUUAAGAUUUAGGCGAACAGAACAAAAUAAAGAAUUUUUUGAAAAUGCUAUAGCAAAUUUUCAAUCUAAUAAUAUCAAGUUAAAUAACACAUACAAAAGAAGAAUUGAACAAGCCUUAGAGUUGAUUGAUGAGAAAUCCUUGAUGACAAAAUUGGAUGAUCUUUGGAUCGGAAAAGGAGAAUCAAAGAGCUUACAACUGCCAGUUAAUGAACUAAUGCAAAUGAAUGUAGCCAAUUUAGAAAAACUUUAUGAAGAUCGUUUGAAAUCAAAUCAACCUACUAGGCAAAUCGAAAAAUGGCUUCUAUCGAAAUAUUGUUCUGCUGGAGAGGUAGAAAAGGCGAAAGAAUUAAAACAGAAAUUGGACAGUUUAGACUUUGAUUACAGCCCAGAACUUCUCAGACAACUGGCUUUUAUGGAAGCAAAAUUCAAUAAUAACCCUGAUGAUGCCAAGUUAUAUUUGGAUGAACUAAAAAGAAAGAAUCCUCAGUAUUCAUCUUAUAUAGGCGUUUUAUUCUCACUUUGUAAUGCUUUAGCAAAACGAGGCGAUCUCACAGCUAUUAUAAAUGAAUUGAGAGUUUAUGCCAAUCAAAAUGGAUCAUACCUAAAGGGACAAAAUUAUGAAUUCCAAUUUGCUGAAAGUAUAGAAAAGAUAUUAGAGUCUUGCUCUGAAUGCUCAUUGGAAGACCAGACACAGUUUGUUGAAACUGUAUUUGAGAAUGGGUAUGUAAAAGAGGGAACUUAUUCUAUUCUAAAACAGCUUGUAAGAAAUGUUUUGAAAAGAGAAAAUGUAGCAGACACAAUAAAAAUAUUAGAGUUUUGUAUUGAUAAAUAUAAUAGAACACCAUUAUUCGUUGAUGUUUUCAAAUUUAUAUUGAAAGAACAAGACCUCGAGAGUUUGGAAACUGUUGUUUCUUUAAUAUCAAAGUCUAUGGGCCUUUCAGAAACCCUUCAUCAUUUGGGCUUCACUCUGGUUCGAUUGAAUAAAUCUGUGGAAGCAACAAAAGUUUUUCAGGUAAAGGGAAUUACCGCAAAUAGAGGACUAAUAAAACGUGAAGCGGAAAUGUUGUCCUCAGAAAGAAAAAUUGAAGAACUUAGAAUUUUGUGCCAAUGUACAAAAAAUAUGUUUAACGUUGACAGAGACGAAAUUCUCUUUGAGUAUAUAAGAGCUCUAGCUUUAGAUAAAGAUAAUAGUCAAGAACUCUUAGAUGUUUAUUCUUUGUACGAGGAAGAAAAUGUUUUGCCCAGACCCAGAACAUUAAGAUAUCUAGCCAAUGUUCUUGAAGGUAGAGGAGAAAAAGUUCCAUUUUCUGUUCCACAAUUAAUGAGUGGUAAGGACAAGCCAAAAAACAAAAAGACAGAAGAUUUGAAUAUUAAAACAUCCGACGAACAGGAACAAUCUGCUGUCAGCUAUUUAAGGGAGAAUAAUAUGCCUGCUUUCUUUGAUUUAUGUCGGGAGAGAAAAUUGUCAACAAAUUUUAUUAUAAAGGCUUUACUAGCUUUGUUGAAAUAUAAAGCACCUUCCUUCAAAGACGCUGUAUUUAAGUUAAGUGAAGAAGGAAGAGAUGAUGUUUUAGUUGAAUUAUUAGAUUCUGAAUUUCUUCAAGGACGUAUGAAAAAUUUUGUCGAGAAGAGAUAUACGACGGCAGCAAUUGCUAGGGGAAAUGCUGAAGAUGUUAUAAAACUUAUGGAAGAUGACUUAUCGAAUUUACCAAAGUUCACAAGUACCCAUGCUUUCUGUUUGAUGGAUGAAAAGUCUCCGGGUCUCAUGGAGAAAGUUGAAAGUCUAAUUAUGAAGUAUUAUCAAGGAGGAGGCGCAAGAAUUGCACAAGUAUUAAAUCAAUUAUUUAACUAUUUUGUUGCAACUGAUAAUUUGGAUAAAGCGAAAAAAUUGUUGGAGGAUAUGCCUCUUCUUCAAAAAAACAUCAGAUAUUUGUCAACUAUCACAAAUGCUAGAGAAAAUGGACGAGAAGAUGUUCUACUGAAAUUGAAAGAUCUAUUAGUACCGUAUGGAGCAAACAAAACUGCUCCAAUAUUUGGGCAGCUCAUCAAAUUGAGCUGUGACGAAGGAGAAGUGGAAAAAGCAGUUAGUUACGUGAAGGAAGCAAGAAAUUUGGGUAUAGAAGAUGAAAAGAUUUGGGUUCAACCACUUCAACAAUUAGAAGAAUUGUGUUUAGAACGAUCAUUACCUCUGCCAUGGCCUGCCGGAACUUUACAAAGUAGACAAGAAAAAAUAAAAAAGAGGCAAGAAAUGAGUGACGUUUCUGAUUUAUCAGAGUAG